UUAGAGCAAAUUCAAGAAUUUGCAAAAUGGAAUUUGAGGCAACUCAAUGAGACAACGAAGGUAUGUAGGGGGAAUUCAAUAGUACACCAUUUGAGAAAGAAUAAAAAAGAAAAAAAAGUCAUUAGCAAAAGGAGAAAAGGAAUGUGAAGAAAACCUUGCAGUUGAUCGGAUCGAACCAAAACAAGCAAUUCUUCCUCUCCAGCACCAUAAUUCUCCAUAAUCAAUCAUCUCCAAACUGAAUCAACCCUCAAAUUGACCCCAAAUUUCCAGAUCUCCAAUGUCUUGUUUAGCUCUUUCACUUCAACCCAUUAACGGGCCCGACAUCCUCCUCCAAACUCGAGAAUGGUUCCCUCCAGCCCGAGCUCUCGUCGCUGUUUCUUCCUUCCGCAACACCCGUCUUGCAUUUUCAUCAUCUUCUCUGUCUUCAAAAAACCAUCAAACCCACCAAAACGACGACGUUUCUAGCGAUCCUACAAUUGUCGGGGAUGAUCCAUUAGCCGCUUCUAGUGGUCAGGUAAUUGUGGGUGUUGAAUCUCGUUACCGUGUUGUUUAUCGAUUAGUUAAUUCAAUUUACGUUUUGGGUGUUACAACUGUUGAUGAUGAUAACAAUAAUAAUGUUUUUGAGUGUAUUAGCAUUGUUAAUCAAGCCGUUAGUGUUGUUGUUACUGCUUGUAGAGGUGUUGAUGUUACACCUGAGAAAUUAGGUAAGAAAUAUGCUGAGAUUUAUAUGGCUUUGGAUAUUGUUCUAAGGGGUGUUAGUAAUAUUAGGUUAGCUGCUAUGUUGUCGUCGAUGCACGGUGAGAGUAUUGCUAAAAUGGUACAUUCUGCUAUUGAUUCUGAGAAUAAGGUUAGAGGGGCGAAUAAUUGGGCGUCUGUUGAAGGGUUAGCAGUUGAACAUGAGGCGGGUAUUGAGGCUUUUUCGAGUGUGAGGUUUGAGUUGCCUAGUGAGACAAUUGCGGCUGGAGAUGAGGUGGCCGCGAGUAUUGGGCAGAUGGGCCAAGUGGGGUUAGGUGAGCAGGAAGGUGGGUUGAAGGGAGUGGAGGAGGAGCAGGAGGUGAAAGAUCCGUUUGCGGCCAGUGAUGCGAUCAAUAAACCGGAGUCAUUAGUUGGGGAGUUUAAGAAAGAUAAGGAUGUGACUUCAGAUAUGACUAAAGCAUUGGUGGGGCUUGAGGUGACUCCGUUGCCUCCUGCUGAGGCUGCUCAGCCUACACAUAUUGCGGUGGAAGGGUUUGAAGGGAAUUAUGGUGGUAUUGAGUUUGGGAAUGAGGAGGCAUCGCUUAGGGAGACAUUUGAAGGGUUUAGUGAUGCGUUUGGUGGUGGGUUGGAUGCUUCGGAGUUUGUGGGAACAACAAAAGCUGCAAAGAGGGAGGGUCUUGGUGGGCUUGAGUUGUUACAGACUGGGUCUGAUGGGGCUCCUGUUACUGCAACUGCUGCAGCAGGGACUCCACUUGAGAAUCUCUUGGUGCAGAAGACAGAGAUGAAAGGCCCUGAGAUGUAUGUUGUUGAGGAGAUCAAUGCAGAGUUUAGGGAGUCUUUGCUUACUAGAGUGGGAUUGGUGGGUGUGAUUUAUUUGAGAACGUUACCUCCAAAGACAUCGGGUGAUAAAGAAACUGAAUUCUCGUUUAGGAUUGAGGGUACAAAUGCUGUCAAGAGAACUGUUGCACAAAGUUCUCGAGCUAGCAGUCUGGGCAAUGGGAUGUUUCAUGUUCGAACUGCAGCCUCCGAAGAGCCUUUACCUAUUCUGAAGUACAGUUUGAUGCCCCAGAUGACCCCAAUUCCUUUGCGAGUUAGGCUUGUUAAACGUCAUGUUGGGACCUUAUUUUCAGUCAUGAUACAAUAUGUUUCAAAUCCUGAUUUGUCGGCACCCCUCAAUGAUGUAACAUUUACUCUCAAACUACCAGUUGAUCCUACUCUACUGAAUGUCUCUCCUAAGGCUGUCUUGAAUAGAUCUGAGAAAGAAUUAAAAUGGCAUGUACAAGAGAUCCCAUUAAAGGGUACUCCUGGGAAGCUUAGGGCGCGAAUGCCUGUUGAUAUAAAUGAAGAAGAUACUGAAGAAGAAAUUGAUGUUGUGUGUUAUGUUAAGUUUUCAGUCAAAGGAGCCAAGACACUCUCUGGUAUUUCACUUUGGCCUGCUGCUGAAGCUAAAACAGACUUUUACGUGGUAGAUCACAAGGUGGAAAGUGGAACUUACAUGUGCAAUUGACCGGCCAUUAUGACUUGGUAUAUUCUCACUCCAUUACAUUAUAUCUUAUUGAUUCUCUUGAGUCUUAAUGAGUGGUUACUCUUGUAAAAUGUUUUUUUUAAUCAUUUGCCUGAAGUAGAGCAUGUAGCUUUUGGCUUGAUUUUUCCUGAUUUGGAAGGUGUGUGUGCUUGCGGCUUCAAAGGUUUCUUUUACCUUUUGUCUUUGUUUUUUUUUGUAUUUUGUAGUUGAUCUCAUUUCUUAUAGAAUCUAUUGCAAAUUUUAUUCUUUUAAAUAUUCUACAUUAUAUUCAUCUAAGAAACAAGAUACUAUACAGUUGAAAAGCACUUAAUGUUGGUAUUUCAAAUUCUGUUGUUAAUCAACUUUAACAAACCA